AUGAAUGUGGAGUUGGGAAAGGAGCGUUCGAGCGAAGAGCUGGAGUUGAGGAAGGAGCGUUCGAGCAAGGAGGGAACAAAGUUGCGAUUUUUGUCAUUCUAUUUUGUCACAAAGGAAAAGAGUACUCUCAUCAUUCUGAAUACAGAGUUGUACAGACAAACUCUUUCAAAGCACCAGAAGAAGCCGUGCAGUGAAGCAUGGUCAUGGGAAAAGGCUCUCAUUAAGGUGGGCAAGAUAAAGGGAUGGAACUGGAACAAAGAUGAAAGCCAAGCAGAUCUGAUAAAAUCUGUAAUUGAAAUUGUAUUGGAUAAGCUGAAUGUCGGAUAUAAAAGGAUUGUGUCUGAAGAUCUAGUUGGAGUUGAUGAUCAUGUAGAAGCUAUAAUCAAAAAGUUGGAUGUGGGAUCUAAUAGCGUGCAAUUUCUCGGAAUCCACGGAAUGGGUGGGAUUGGCAAGACAACGCUUGCCAAGGUCAUCUUCAACCGGCUGUCUUCUCACUUCAAAGACUGCAAUUUCCUUUAUGAUGUCCGAGAGUUGUCACAACGGCAUGGUCCGGUAUAUUUGCAAAAAGAGUUGCUAUCCAAGUUCCUUGAUUCAUGUUCUAUCGUCGAUCGAAUUCAUGACGUGGAUGAUGGGAUCAAGAUGAUUAAGAGAGUUCUUGGCAAUAAAAAAGUUCUCAUUGUUUUGGAUGACGUGGAUGAGAAAGAGCAACUCGAAAGUCUAGCGAAAGAAGGUGAUUGGUUCGGUUCCGGUAGUAGGAUUAUCAUAACUACUAGGGACCAAAGUGUCCUAAGGAUUGAGGGAGAAGCAACAAGUGAAGGCCCAACAAAAAAGUCUGCAAAAGUUUCGGAUUACGAAGUAGAAGAAAUGGAAUUUGAUCAUGCUCUUAAGCUGUUCAGUAGGCAUGCCUUUAGAAGAGACUUUCCGCCGGAUCAAUAUGUCUCCCUUUCAAAAGAAGUUGUCUCCACUUUGGGAAUGCUUCCUUUUGCCCUUGAGGUUACAGGUUCAUCCCUUAACAAUGAACCCCAAGAAUUCUGGGAAGCCACACUGAAGAAGCUAAAGGAUGCUCCUCCCAAUAAAGUCCAAAGUAAAUUGAUGAUAUCUUAUGAUAAGUUAGAUAAUGAACAAAAGCAAGUGUUUUUGGAUAUAGCUUGUUUUUUUGUUAAUAAGGAUAAAACAUAUCCUUUCUACAUGUGGGAUGCCUGUGGAUACCACCCACAGGUUGCCAUUAAGGUCCUCUUUCUCAAGUCCUUGAUAAAAAUUAAAGAUGACGACACUUUUUGGAUGCAUGACCAAGUGCGGGAUCUCGGAAGGAAAAUUGUCCAUGAAGAGAAUUUUGAUAAUCCUUGCAAGCGCAGCCGAGUGUGGAAUCACACGGGAGCCCAGAGAAUUUUGACGCAGAAAAAGGGAAGUAGUAAAAUAGUAGCACUGUCACUUGGAUAUUGUCAAGACAUUAUUCUAAAGCGUGACGAAUUUGCCGGUUUACAAAACCUAAGGUUCUUUCAAGGGAAUGGGGUGUCACUUGUUGGAGACUUCAAUAAUCUUCUCUCCCGUUUAAGAUGGCUUUCUUGCCAAUUUAGCCAUCCCGACUUUGAGACAAUAAACUUUCAUCCGAUUGAUCUAGUCGUUCUUAACCUUUCAUACAGCAGUAUUUCAGAGGAAAGGAUUGGUUGGAUCAGAGCGGCAAGGAAACUAAAAGUACUAGAUCUCAGCUACUGCAGAAACUUAACGAGAACACCUGAUUUAUCUACGUUGGUGUCCUUGGAGAGAUUGAUUCUUCGAAAGUGUAGCAACUUAAUUGAAAUUAACCCAUCCAUUGGUAAUUUAAAGCUCCUAACCGUUUUGAACUUGGAUGGAUGUGAUUCUCUUCGAGAGUUGCCUAAAGAAAUAGGAUGUCUACAAGCUUUGACAGAGAUUGUCAUGCCUCCUAUGCCAAUUGAAUUCGAACUUCCGCAGACAUUUGGUAAUCUAAAGUCAUUGUUGACCUUUGAUUUAUCAAGAAUGGGGAUUGGCAAACUCCCAUGCUCGAUCGGAGGGAUGGUGAAACUUAGGCGGUUGAAUUUAUCCAUGUGUCAGAAUAUAAUGGAUCUUCCAGACUCGAUUUGGGAAUUAAAAUCAUUAAUCGAGUUGGAUUUGUCAAGUACUGGUAUUAGUUACCUACCCGAUUCGAUCGGCAAUCUUAAGCAACUGACAAUACUUAGGAUGAGAGACAUAGUGUUGAUAACAAAAUUACCAAGUGCAGUCUGGCUGUUGGAGAAGCUUGAAGUGUUAGACGCUAAUGAAUGUUGGAGCUUGACUGGCGAAAUUCCUGAAGAUAUUGGGAGACUGUCCUGUUUGAGGAUCUUACACUUGUUAUGGACUGAAAUAUCUGGAUUACCCACCACUGUGAGUCGCCUCUCUAAUCUCCAGGAACUGAAGUUCUGUGGACGUUAUGGGCAUAGACAUAUAUCGGAGCUUCCUCCAAGUUUGACUUGUCUGAUAUGGAGCAUUGAUCUUCCCACUAGCAUCGGUACCCUAUCUCAACUGAAAAAACUAACAUUGGAAGCUCAAAACGUGCGAUUCCUCCCCCGGCUCCCAUCUAGUUUAAGAGAGUUACGACUUCGGUUUCUGAAGACCACUCAAUCGCCUGAUUUUUCCAAUUUGAAAAACUUGUCAACCUUGGAAUUCCAUAGUUGUUCAAUACCGGAAUUCUCCGGAAUAAUUGAUGCGGAGUUGGAGAAACUCAAUAUGGAGGGUUGCACGUUUACAGGACUGGACAAACUGUUUGAGUUGGAAAUGAAGAGAUUGACAUCUUUAACGUGGCGUUGGUGUGAGUUCCCCCCAAAAGUUAUGGAUCUGUCGCGUAUGAAGAAUCUGCAAGAGGUAUAUCUGUAUUCUUGCAAGUUUUUAGUCGAGAUUCGCAGCCUUGAAGAAUUGGGAUCCCUUUCCACCCUCGGUGUCUUGUAUUGCGAUUCAAAGUGA